AGAGACAUUCAACAUAGAAGUAAAGAGAAAGAAAGCUUUGAACUGAAUUUCUUUCUUGCGAGAGAGAAAAAAAAAAAGUGAGGAAAGAUGGUUGCUGUUGAGGCUGUUGUUUUGCAACUUCUCAUAAAACUCGCUGAUCCCCUCAUUAAGGAAGUCAUUUCCUUAUAUGAGGUUGACGACAAAGUCGAAUUGAUCGUCACACAAUUUACGCAGAUGCAAUGCUUCUUGAAAGACGCAGACGCCAAACAAGAAGGAGAUGAAAGAGUGAAGAACUGGGUGCUGGACGUGACAGAUGCUGCAUACGGUGCUGAGGACCUCAUCGACACCUUUAUCUUCAAGGUAGCACCCUUGAAUCGAACAGGAUUUGUGGGCCGCAUUACAAGGUACGCUUGCAUCCUCUGUGAGUUGAAAGCUCGCUAUCAGUUGAGCUCGGAGAUCGAACGGAUAAACAAUAAGAUCCGUGUUAUCUCCGAAAGUAGGUCGACUUUUGGAAUUCAAAAUAUAGGCCAGGAAGCAAGGACAAGCUCCGCUGGUCCAAGCCUCCAAGAAUGGAGGCUCACUUCUCCUCUUGAUCAAGAACCAGAUUUUGUUGGUUUUGAGAAAGAUUUGGAGAUAUUGGUGGACCGACUGACCAAAGGGGAGUUACGCCGUUGUGUUGUUUCUGUAGUUGGAAUGGGUGGUCUCGGUAAGACCACUCUUACCAAGAAAGUUUAUAACGAAACUCGUGUUAAAGCACGUUUUCACUUUCGCGCAUGGAUUUGUCUAUCGCAAGAGUAUGAUGUGAAAGAUGUUCUUAAGAAGAUCAUAGAUAACAACAUGGUGCUCUCAGAAGAGGAGUCCAAGAAAGUGGAGAAAAUGGAUGUCUUCGAGCUGAGGCUUAAAGUUUCAGAAUACUUGAAAGGGAAGAUAUACCUGAUGGUAGUAGAUGAUAUAUGGACGAACGAAGCAUGGGAUGCUAUCAAGGGUGCUUUCCCCCUAAAUGAUACUCUCCCUGAUGUGGAAAAUGGAAGUAGGGUCAUGAUCACCACGCGCAACAAAGUUGUAGCUUUACAUGCAGAUGCACAAAGCCUGCCGUAUGAGUUGCUAACUUUAGGAAAAGAUGAGAGCUGGAAUUUGUUUUGCCGGAAAGCAUUCCCAGGACAAGGUAACGUUUGCCCUGACAAAUUGAAGCAGUUCGGAAAAGAGAUUGUGAAAAAGUGCCAUGGUGUAGCUCUUGCUAUCGUAGUCAUCGGAGCGCUCUUAUCAACGAAAAAAGAAGAAUGGGAGUGGGAGAAUAAGGGUUUCUGCAACAGAGAGGGAAUCAAACAGUAGAGAAGGUGGGAGAAGAUUUUCUAAAUGAGUUGAUUGAACGAAGUAUAAUUCAACUUGCUAAAAGAAGUUCAAAUGGGGGUAUUAAAAGUUGCCGUAUUCACGAUCUUAUGCGAGAUCUCUCCGUAUCAAAAGCCAAGGAAAGUAUGUUUCUCCAAGUUCACCAUGAGAAUUCAAACGAUCCAGCAUCUAGAGCCCGCCGACUUGUAAUUCACCAUAAUGCCUUAAGUGAGUGCACUUCCCUAAUUUCUUCAACUCCACACUUUCGAUCUGUGUUAAUCCAUAAUCAAGAUUAGGAUAUGCUUGAAAGUAAACAAGAGAAGCUUCUUUACAAAGGCCUUAAAUUGCUCAGGGUAUUAGAUCUCCACAAUGUAAAAAUAAAAAAGCUAUCGAGUGAGAUAGGUGCACUGAUUCACUUGAGAUACCUCGGGUGUACCAAUACUAGGUUGGAAAGUCUCCCAUCAUCGAUAGGCAAUCUUCACAAUUUACAAACACUAGUUGUUACAUCUUAUUUGGAAGUCAACAUACCCCGCGAAAUAGAGAAGAUGGAACAGUUAAGACAUUUCCAAGUUAUGUACCCAAUUCAAUGGCGUUAUGACAGUGGUUGGGGUGUUAUACAAGGUCGUCCACGGUUCAACAAGAUGAGUAACCUCCAUACUCUAACAUGGGUAGAGGUUGGCGAAUGGAUGCACGGUUGCCUGGAAAGUCUUACGCAUCUUAAAAAAUUAGGAAUACGUUUAGAUUAUAGAAUGUCUGAUGUGUAUGGUGCGGUAUUGUUCGAAUCCAUUCGCAAAUUGAAAUGCCUCCAGUCUCUUUUGGUAACGGCAGUAGCAGGACACAUAAAAUUUCCGAAGUCUUCAGUGCGCCCUCUUUCAUCUCUUACCACGUUACGUUGGUUGGUUUUGGAUGGAAGGUUAGCAAACUUAACCGAGCCUAGUGAAUUACUAACAAACCUGACCAAGCUUACCUUGAAAUGGUCCAAUUUAGUGCAAGAUCCACUGGCGACGUUGGAGAAGCUGGAAAACCUUCGCAUUCUCAGAUUGCUGAGAUUUUCAUACGUGGGAGUGGAGAUGGCUUCUACUUCAAAAGGGUUUCCCCGACUCGAAUCGUUACAUCUUGAAGAGUUAGAAGAAUUAAACGAGUGGACAGUGGAGGAAGGAGCUCUGCCAAGUCUUUUACAUCUACAGAU